UUUUUCUCGCCAAACACAUAUCAUUCGCCCUCAGGGCGUCUAUCUACACCUCAUUUACGGAUAAUCCGGAAAUAUUCCGUUGCAACGAUACUGCAAUGUCAACUAGACGUUCCUCCGCUGGUCCGGUACACUACCCAUCCGCCCCCGGCUUCCCUCUACCUCAGUCCCCAUCAUCAUCCUUUCUUUCCAACCAUGUACCAUCAUAUUCCAUCCCACCGCCAUCUAUCCCUGAGUUUGAUAAGCAUCUAUCUAGUAAGAGCUCGUACACUCCGAGUAUUGCUCCGAGCGUCGCUGGCACUUCCACAGGGACUGUGUUAGGACGUGCCAGCGGACCGGGACGAAAGCGCAAACAGAAAGAGACAAACGAGAAAAGCGCGGAUAGCAAAGAAGACUGGGCCGAUAUUGAACCAGACGAGGUGUUUAGACGGUUGCCGGUGCGCGAGGUGAAACGAGUGGAAGCGAAGAUGAGGAGCGAAGCGCUCAAUAAACAGUCAGAACUUCGAGCGAUGGUUGGAGCACGAUACCGAGACCUCUUGACAUCUGCUACUCAAAUCACCUCCCUUCGAUCUUCUUCCCUCCGUCUUUCAGAAAACCUCAAACAAAUAGUUCAGUCAUGCCAGAACCCGGAACCUGCUGCUGAAAACGACGCAGAGAAUGCCUCAAUUCAAAGCCAAGGUGAAGAAUUCGUUCAAAUGCUUCCUGUGGCAUCCCACAUGAAGCUAUUACUUGACGCUCCCGAAGCGCUAUACGCCUAUCUCUCUCAUGGGUCUUACCUCAACUCAGCAUUCCUGUGGCUUAUCGCACGUGUAGUCAAGGAAGGCCUUGCGAACAUGCCUGAAGAUGCCAGCCGGCUGUAUCUUCCCCUGAUGCAGAAACAAUGGGAAAACAUUGCACCCCUCAGGAACCAGAUCUCACAACGAGCUUCGUCGUCUUUGCGGGUAUGGGAAAAGGCAGAGCCUCGAACGACGUGCGAGGCACUAUUGUCUGUUAUCCUUCUCGAUAACCUGCCAUUAUCUGAGGCUCUCACACUUCUUCUUUCUCAACGAAGCAAAGCCCUUCGAGAGAUCCUUCACCAUCCUUCGUCUCCCCAAACGUCAAACAAAACACGCCCCAGAGCAGGCUCUCGUGCGCAACCGCCUACUGCCAUCCGAGAAAGCAUCACUCGUACCCUUCUUGAUGCUUUACGCUGUAUGCUUGAGACAGCUUCCGCUGCCCGUCUUAUCUUUGAUAAGCGCAAAGAUACAGAGGGCAACGGGAAGGCAAAUGAGAAUGGUGAGAGCAUGCUCGAUGAGAUGAUCCGUCUUGUUCAGAAGGGCGAAGCUAUCCCAACUGCCACCACCACCACAUCUCAUCCUAUGCCUCAUAGACGUAACUCUGGUUCUAGCGCCGCUGCCAACACAAGUCAACGCCGCGCCUCUCGACUCGUCUCCAUCUCACUCCCCAUGCCCCCUGCUACCUCUACUUCCGCACUCUCUCGGCCACCUGUAUCGACACCUGAGAUUUUAUCUCACCUCCCAGCCUCUCAAAUCCUCCUUAGACAUUUGCCAACCGAGAUCACAGGCUUUACCCCCUUUAUCACCCCCUCUGCGCCACCACACCUGUCUGAAACGCUAAGGACUUGGCAGGCCGAAUGCGUGGGAGUUUUGAAAGAUGCCUUGCCUAGCUGGCUGGAAGAUCUGAAGAGUGUAUCAGACAUAUGGCAUGUGAGAGGAUCCCUUAUUGACCUCCUGGAGAAGCAAAAGCAGACGCAGACGGCAACCUCCGGAGAAAAGGAGAGGAUAAUUCAGGACGAGCUGGAGGAAGAAUGGAGUCGCCGGAUCAAGGCUAUUUGGGAUGAGAAGCUUUCGAAUGUAGUCAACGAUGUCGACCGUCUUGUAAAAGAGGGGGUGGAAAAGGUGUACAGACAGGACGACGAGGAACACCCUGAAGGAUUAUUGUUCACCGAUCUUGCUUUACCAUUCGAGAACACCUCAUUCACUCUUUCAUCCGCGUCCUUAUUAUCGGAUCCACCUCUAUCCACCAGCACAGCCACAAAUUUAAACAAAACCGAUCCCUUCGUGACCUUCCGUGCUACCAUCCAGAAACGUAUAGCCCGUCGAACAUCGGUCCUGGACGAAACCCUCUCUUCCCUCGAAGCGAGUGCGAAGAGCAUACAACAUGAUAAUGUCGCGCACCCCUCCCCUGCCUCUUCUCCCUCUGCUGGGAAGGGUCUCCCGGAAGAACUUUACAAAGCUUAUGGAGAAAAGGUCAAAGGAACGCUGGAUGAGUUGGUGAAGAAGCUGGAUAAGAUGCUUGGUAGUGUUGAAGAGAUGAUUUCGGCGGCUGCAGCUGAGGAUGGGGAAGGAAAUCAAGGGAAACUGAGGGAAAAGGAGGUGGAAGGAGAGGUGUAUGUAGGACGGGUGGCGUUGCAUCUUGCGAAGAGGAGCAUGUUUUUACAAGACCUCUCCGGAGUGGAUCUUCAAGACACUACCACCUACAAGGGCGAGAACAUUGUAUCCGCUCUACUUCAGGUUCAUACCAAAUCUACAAAAAAAUGGAAGACAGCCGCCAUUCGUGAAGCGCUCAGGAAGCUUGAUCCAUUGUUCAGCGAGUAUAGAGGUCCGCAGGAGAUUAGGGCUAAUUGGCAAGGGGCAUAUCCAACAACUCCGUCUGGGGAAAUCAUGGUCGCACUUCAAUCACUUUGUGACGCUUCGAAAGCACUUGGUAUCCCACCCCCUUCUCUUCCUGCAUCCUACGCGCCCAUGUCUGGUAAAAGUGAAGAAGAGAAAUGGAAAGGGGAUGUGGUAGACGAUUUGGUAAAGGGUUUUGUACAAGAGGUGAGGGAGUUGAAGGGAUGGGAGAGGAUGUUGAUUUGGGAGGGAGAGGGAGAAAAGAAUGAGCCGAUGGAGGUGGAGGAAGGAAAGCCGGAAGAAAAAGAGGGAAAGACGGAGGAUAAGGGAGAGAAAACGGAGGAGGAGCAAGAAGAGAGAAAAGAAGAGGAAGAGAGCACGGGAAAAGGGGGAAAGGAGGAGAAAGAAGACUCACAAUCUCGAACCCCCAGACCAUUUACCCAACCUUCUCAAGGCCCCGAAUCCCUCCUCCAAUCCGUCCUCGACCUGUCCUUCCUCAACCUCAUUGCCAACCAACCCGAUCACACUUCGAACCUCGUUUCCAGAAUCCCUGUCGAACAUGCAGAGUUCAAAGAAAGACUCCAAGUAAUUCUCGAAGAAUCUUUGAAGAGAGUGCAGCUCCUCAUCUAUCCCAUUGUCUCGCACCUUCCCGUUUCCGUUAUUUCCUCCUCUUCCCCAGAACCAUCAACAGCAAGAUCGGGGGCUGGGGUGGGAUAUCAUCGUAAUAGCUACGACAAUAAUCGUAUUCUCUUGCGGUUCGGCCCGCCCGACAGUAAUAAGCCUGGGACAACAGCAGAGUUUAAAAGCCCGUUGGUGGUUGCUAAGCCUGGCAAGAGGAUGGGAUUAUUGAGUGUCGAUGAUUAGUAAUAUCUACAGAUGACAUGUUCCUCGUGCCGAUUGUUUUUAGCUCUCGGUGUUUUUGGUGUUUUUUUUUUGGCACUUUUG